CGCGGCCGCGCUGCGCAGGCGCCCUGACCACUUCCGGGAUCUGUCAGCCGCUCCUUCUGGGCCUCCCUCCUCCGUCCGCGCCCGCCGGAGCCUGUUCGCGUCGACUGACCAGAGUCCGCGAAUCGUUCGCUCCGGCUCUCCGGACCGCCCAGAUCCCAGCUUUCUGACCUUUGAAAACACUUAAGAAUCAUGUCUCUGCAUCAGUUUCUGCUAGAGCCAAUCACCUGUCACGCCUGGAACAGGGAUCGUACCCAGAUCGCCCUUAGCCCCAAUAAUCACGAAGUGCACAUCUACAAGAAGAAUGGGAGCCAGUGGACUAAAGCUCAUGAGCUGAAGGAACACAACGGACACAUCACAGGUAUUGACUGGGCCCCUAAGAGCGACCGCAUCGUCACUUGUGGGGCAGACCGCAAUGCCUACGUCUGGAGUCAGAAAGAUGGCAUCUGGAAGCCCACCCUAGUGAUCCUGAGAAUUAACCGAGCUGCCACUUUUGUGAAGUGGUCCCCACUGGAGAACAAGUUUGCUGUGGGGAGUGGGGCCCGGCUCAUCUCUGUUUGUUACUUUGAGUCUGAAAAUGACUGGUGGGUGAGCAAGCACAUUAAGAAGCCGAUUCGCUCCACGGUCCUCAGCUUGGACUGGCAUCCCAACAACGUUUUGCUGGCUGCAGGCUCAUGUGACUUCAAGUGCAGAGUGUUUUCUGCCUACAUCAAAGAGGUGGAUGAGAAACCAGCCAGCACACCUUGGGGCAGCAAGAUGCCUUUUGGUCAGCUGAUGUCUGAGUUUGGUGGCAGUGGCACUGGUGGAUGGGUGCAUGGGGUCAGCUUCUCUGCCAGUGGGAACCGCCUGGCCUGGGUCAGCCAUGACAGCACCGUGUCUGUUGCCGAUGCCUCGAAAAGCGUGCAGGUUUCAACUCUGAAAACCGAGUUCCUGCCACUGCUGAGUGUGUCCUUCGUUUCAGAAAACAGCGUUGUGGCUGCUGGCCACGACUGCUGCCCGAUGCUCUUUAACUAUGACGACCGUGGCUGUUUGACCUUUGUGUCCAAGCUAGACGUCCCAAAACAAAGCAUCCAGCGCAACAUGUCUGCCAUGGAACGCUUCCGAAACAUGGACAAGAGAGCCACCACUGAGGACCGCAACACAGCCUUGGAGACACUGCACCAGAAUAGCAUCACUCAGGUGUCUAUUUAUGAGGUGGACAAGCAAGAUUGUCGAAAAUUUUGCACUACUGGCAUCGAUGGAGCCAUGACAAUUUGGGAUUUCAAGACCCUGGAGUCUUCCAUCCAGGGCCUCCGGAUAAUGUGAAGCCGAGGGAGCCUCUGCCAUCCAGCAUGGGGAACGGACAGGGCUUCGCUCACUCUACCAUUCGUUCAUAUGGUGAUGAGGAUCGCCAGCCCAUGGAAACACUGUCACACUAUCAAGCAACUAGCGUGUGUUCGUGUGGAUGUUGUGGGGAGAGUGUGGGUUUUCAAGAUAGGGGUUUCUUUUUUUUUUUUCCUUUCGUUUCGUUUUGAUUUUGCUAUCUCAUUCCAUUUUUGACCAAAGCUUCUCUUUAAGUAGUUUAUGUUGGAAGAUUGUCACACUAACUUAAAGGGUAAGGGAAGUGUGUAUUGUCUGCUAAAAAAAUUAAAAAUCCCAAGUGUGCAAACGUG